ANUUUUAAAAAAAAAAAAAAAAAAGAAGAAGAAGCUUAUCAGCUGAACUUAUUGUGAUGCAUGUUUUUGGCGUAUAGACUCUUUAUAGCUAAAGUUUAAAAAUUUCUAUAUCUUUUUACCUAAGCAUUAUUUGCUUUUUAAAGACCCUUCUAUAGUUUAAAUAUGUACUAAAAAUAUCUCUAUGACUAAGAUUGCAUUUAUAUUUAGCUUUUUUAUUGUGUUUCUUACAUUUUUGUGUCAAAUUUCUCUAUCUAUGGAUCCUAUUACUGCCACAUUUAUUGGACUUUUCUUGUCUAUUGGUUAUGCUGGGUGGAAUUACGCCAAUUGCAUAAAUAAUGAAUGCUGUGAUAAAACGUGGAUAAAUUACGACUUAGCUGGUUUAAAAGGCGACCUUAGAGAUAAUCUAUUUGGUCAGCACCUAGUUGAGUCUGUUGUAUUAAAAGCUGUUAAAGCUCAUAUGAAUAGAAAAGAUCCAAAGAAAGCCCUUGUUAUGGCAUUUCAUGGUGACACAGGCAGUGGAAAAAAUCAUGUUAGCAAAAUUAUUACACGGAAUAUGUUUAAAGAGAGUUCAAAUAGUAAAUUUUCUCACCUCUACAUUGGUACUAAUGAUUUUCCUUACUCAGAUGACGUAAAACGUUACAAGGAUAAACUAAAGAAAGAAAUUGAAGAAAAGACCAAAUUGUGUGAAAGAUCUUUAUUUAUUUUCGAUGAGAUAGAUAAAAUUCCUCCUGGUGUUCUGGAUGUUUUGACGCCCUAUCUAGAUUAUCACGAGUCUGUAAGAGGCGUAGAUUAUCGCAAGAAUAUUUUUAUAUUUUUAAGUAAUGCUGGUGCCAUAAAUAUCACACGAGUUGCCUUAGAUUUCUGGGCUGAUGGAAAAACGAGAGAGGAUAUUACUUUAAAAGACUUGGAACACUUGGUUAAUAAAGGAGCUUUUAAUGAAAAGGGUGGUUUGCAGCAUAGUGAUAUUGUGACAAAAGAAUUAAUUGAUGUAUAUGUUCCUUUUUUACCUUUGGAGAAGAAACAUAUAAAAGAGUGCAUCAUUUCAGAACUUAAACGCCAAAAUUUAAGGGGUGACGUAAACAUGAUUGCCAAUCAACUUGAAUAUUUUCCUGCAGAAAUGGAAUUAUUUUCUGUCUAUGGGUGUAAAAAAGUUGCUGCCAAAAUUGAUAUUUAUGCAAGUUAAAAAGCUUAUUUUUUUAAAUGUAUAUAAAUAUAUAUAUAUAAGAGGUUGCUUUGUAACGAAAAGCAAUCAUUCAAAAUGUUUUAAUGCAAACUAUUUUAAUUGUGAUUUCUCUAACUCCUUUUUUAAUCGUUCUUUUUAAAAGAUCACAUUGUGUUAAUGUGGCUUCUUUUAGUUAUUUUUCAAUUUUAAGAGGAAUAUUAUGAAUGCCCAUAUUUUUUUAUGGCAAAGAAUUUUUUUAAUUUGUUUUGUAUCAGUUAGAAAAUUUUGCAACAAUAAACAAGCAUAAUAUAUGGUAAAUCAUGUAAUUAAAAACAAAUGCUUUUAAAGCAUUAUAUCAAAAUGAGUUAAAAGUAUCUAUAAUUUUUAUAAAUAAGUUUAUU